AAUCGCUGCACCCAACACAAAUCAAACGUUUGACAUCCCCCCCACCAAAUCGGACCGCAAAACUGCAAGAUUCCCCAGUUCGCCCCGGCAAAAUUGAAAAUGAACGCUGAAUUCCUCAAAAUCACCGCGGCCAUCGCGCUGCCCCAGGUUGGCGGCCUGCUGACGGCACUGCUGGCCCUGCCCGAGCUGAUGGGCUGGUACCAACGGCUCAACUUCCCGCCCAUCGCGCCGCCGAACUGGGUGUUUCCGCCGGUGUGGACCGUGCUGAACACCGCCCUGGGUUACGCGUCCUAUCUGGUGUGGAGCGCCGGCGGAGGAUUCGUCGGAACGGGUCGGCUGCCGCUGGCACUGUACGGAACGCAGCUGGUGCUCAACUGGGCCUGGACGCCCGUCUUUUUCAAGCUGCACCAGCUGAGAUGGAGCUUCCUGAUAUCGCUUGUUCAUACAGCGGUAGUGUACGCAACCGGAUAUGCGUUUUUCAACGUGAACAAGAUGGCCGGCUAUCUGAUCUUUCCGUACUUUGCGUGGUGCACGUUUGCUACGUUGCUGAACUUUGAGAUCUACAGACGGAAUCCGCAGGAAGCUGCAUCCAGAGAAGAGACUUCCGAAUAAAUUGGCAAAAUUGUAUUGAAAUCAGAUGCGGAAUCACAAAAUUUUUGGAAUGUUAAUAAAAUUAUUUGUUUUUUGAA